CACACACAACAACACGUGGUGCAUUCUCUCUCUAGAGAGACCGUAAACAGCUCUUUCAACUCAGAACUUGCCAUUCUACUACAGCAAGACAAAACCUGUGUCUUCCAUUUCACAUUCCAUGCUUGGUGUGGAAAGGUCCAAAAGGGCCAAAAAAACAUAAAGAAAAAAGGAGCAUCCACGUGAAAGCACAGAAUAGAAACGCUUGGAACUCAGCACAGUGACACCUGAUACAGUGCUGCAUGCAGAUUUUAUUAUUUCAAGACAAGUGUCUUAGUGAAAAACCCAAACCAAGCCCCAUUAUUUGGGUUGAUAUAUUCCAUUUCCAACAUAUGGUCUUCAUGAAGAAGAGUAUCAUUAAUUUGUCAUUGACAAAUAUGCCUCAAUGUACGUGUAUGGGUGAAUAGUGAACGGUGAACACUUUUACUAAUUCAGUGACUCAUCUGAAGCAGCAUUCAACAUUUCAAGUGAGGUUAAUUGAAAAUGGUUUCAAUUUCGAAGUUGAAGAAGUUCUACUUGGUGGAGCCAUUGAAGUCAUCUUCCCUUGGUUUUCAUUCUUUUGAAGAAACCAAGAAGUGUGAGAGCAUUGUUAUAAAUGAAGUGGAAGGAAAGAGGCAAAAGAAGCAUAGAAAGAAGCAGUGUAAGGAUUGGAGGUGCAUUGAUUAUUGCUUUUGGAUGAUAGGGUACAUGUGCACCACUUGGUGGCUUCUCUCUUUGUUGUAUGGUUGCUUGCCUGCCAUGUUGCUUGGCUUUGAGGCACCAGUGUCACCUGGGGUGAGGCUAAGUCGUGAGGGAGUCACUGCACUUCACCCAGUUGUUCUUGUACCGGGCAUUGUGACUGGUGGGUUGGAGCUAUGGGAAGGGAGGUCUUGUGCAGAGGGCCUUUUCAGAAAGCGGUUGUGGGGUGAUAGUUUUGCUCAAAUCCUCAAAAGGCCUUUGUGCUGGUUAGAGCAUCUCUCUUUGCAUGAUGAGACUGGUCUGGACCCUCCAGGCAUUAGAGUCAGGGCAGUGCCUGGGCUUGUUGCUGCAGAUAAUUUUGCUUCUGGUUAUCUUCUUUGGGCAGAUUUGAUUGAAAAUUUGGCAAGAAUUGGUUAUGAAGGGAAGAAUUUGUUUAUGGCUGCCUAUGACUGGAGACUGUCUUUCCAGAAUACUGAGAUUCGAGACCAAGCACUCAGUAGAUUGAAGAGUCAUAUUGAGCUUAUGUUUGUAACCAAUGGCUAUAAGAAAGUGGUGGUGGUACCACAAUCUAUGGGGGCUAUUUAUUUUCUCCAUUUCCUAAAAUGGGUUGAGACACCUCCUCCCAUGGGAGGCGGCAGCGGUCCGGGUUGGUGUGACAAGUACAUCAAAGCAAUCAUGAAUGUUAGCCCUGCAUUUCUUGGUGAUCCUAGGGCUGUUAGCAAUAUAUUUUCAACCGAAAGCAGUGUUGGAUUUGUCAGAACUGUGGCUUCUGGCAUUUUAAAUUUUGAUUACAUUGGUCGUCAAACUCUUGAGCACGCCAUGCGAGUGUGUAGAACGUGGGAUUCAAUCAUCUCAUUGAUGCCAAAAGGUGGUGAAACCAUCUGGGGUGGCUUGGAUUGGUGUCUUGAAGACUGGAAUAACUAUGAUCAGCAGGAAAUUUCAUGGGGAAGUAAUUCUGCUACUUUUAACUUAUCAUAUGAGGCUGUGUGGAUUGAUUGUGAUGAGAUGAGCAGAGAAAGCAUCCAAAAAAUUUCUAAAAAAAGAGCUUAUACUGCAAGAACAGUUUUUGAUAUACUUAACUUUGUGGCUCCAAAAAUGAUGAAGCGUGCUGAGGCUCACUUCUCUCACGGGAUAGCAGAGAACUUAGAAGAUCCUAAAUAUGCUCAUUACAGAUACUGGUCUAAUCCACUUGAAACCAAACUACCAGAUGCUCCGGAUAUGGAAAUAUACUGUCUUUAUGGAGUUGGAAUUCCGACUGAAAGAUCACAUGUACACAAGUUCUACCCUUCUGAAAAGGACAAGAGUAUUCCUUUCCAAAUUGAUAGUUCAGCAGAUGGAGAAGAGGGAAGUUGGCUACACAAUGGUGUUUAUUUUGUGGAUGGUGAUGAGAGUGUACCUAUUGUAAGCUCAGGGUUCAUGUGCGCCAAAGGAUGGCACGGAAGAACACGGUUCAAUCCAUCUGGCACGGCUACAUAUACAAUAGAGUAUCAGCUAAAACAACCAGGUGGUCUUAUUGAUCGGAGAGGCCUAGAGAAUGGAGCAAGUUCCAACAUUAUGGGAAAUGCUGCCUUAAUUGAAGAUGUUUUACUAGUAGCUGCUGGAGCCACUGGAGUAGAUAUUGGAGGUGAUAGGAUAUUUUCAGAUAUAAUGAGGAUGUCUGAGAGGAUAAAUCUCAGACUAUGAUUGUGUUUAAUGGUUGGAUUUUCUUGCAUGAUAAGAGCUGUAGAAGAAAUAUGCAAGGUUAAUGCAGAAAUAGAGAAUGAUCACUAACAAAACAUGUAUGUAGGUGGAAUCUGAUGACAACUUGUGUAACCAUCUGCCAUCAAGAGAAAGCUGUUGAGUGUUGAGAUUUCUGAGAUUCUUAAGCUGGUAGGAUCUAGGAUGCAAGGACAGGGUAGAAGCAUCAAAUGGGGUCAACAAUAUAUGAAUGCUAAAUUACACAACAAGGAGCACACGUUAAACUUAGGUACCCUUAGGUAGAAUGGGAAAAAAUGCAAAAAAAAUAGAAUUGAGAACUUUUCACUCAUUUCUCUUUCUUUUCUCACAAAUCAAACGGUCCCUUAGGGUCAGUCAAUCAAACAUGUGCACUUACAAUUGAAACAAUCAACUUCCCAUUCACGCGAAGAUUGAAUAUAUCACAUCCUAUUAUUAUUCCA